GCCGGGCACCGCGGCCGCCAACGCCGCCGCCACUGCCGCCGCCGCCGUCGCCGCCGCGCUCGAGCUCCGCGCACUCCCUCCGCGGCCGCUGAGCCGAGCGGACGCCCUCCGGGGCCACGCCGCAGCCCUCGGCGCUCCCCCCUAUCAUGCCCCGGGCCCGGGCGGGGGCCGCCCAAGCAGCCAGGACACCAUGCCCGAGGACGGCAGUGGCGACAGCGGGGACGUGCCCGAGCUCAUCCUGGACUGCGAGCCGCUGCGGGAGGAGCAGCGGCCCCUGAAGCAGUCCCUGGGAAGCUCCUUGUGCCGCGAGUCGCAUUGGAAGUGCCUGCUUCUCACCCUGCUCAUCCACGCCUGCGGCGCCGUGGUGGCCUGGUGUCGCCUGGCCACGGUGCCCCGGCUGGUCCUGGGGCCGGAGGCCGCCCUGGCCCGCGGAGGCGGGGGGCCGCCCCCCACCUACCCGGCCAGCCCCUGCUCCGACGGCUACCUGUACAUCCCCCUGGCCUUCGUCUCGCUCCUCUACCUCCUCUACCUGGCCGAGUGCUGGCACUGUCACGUGCGGUCCUGCCAGGCGCCGCGCACCGACGCCAACACCGUGCUCGCCCUGAUCCGCCGGCUGCAGCAGGCGCCGCCCUGCGUCUGGUGGAAGGCCACCAGCUACCACUACGUGCGGCGCACUCGCCAGAUCACCCGCUACCGCAACGGCGACGCCUACACCACCACGCAGGUCUACCACGAGCGGGCCGACAGCCGCACGGCGCGGGGCGAGUUCGACUACUCGGCGCACGGCGUCCGCGACGUCUCCAAGGAGCUCGUGGGCCUGGCCGACCACGCGGCCACGCGGCUGCGCUUCACCAAGUGCUUCAGCUUCGGCAGCGCCGAGGCCGAGGCCUCGUACCUCACCCAGCGGGCCCGCUUCUUCAGCGCCAACGAGGGCCUGGACGACUACCUGGAGGCCCGCGAGGGCAUGCACCUGAAGGACGUGGACUUCCGCGAGUCCCUCAUGGUGUUCGCCGACCCGCGCAGCCCGCCCUGGUACGCGCGCGCCUGGGUCUUCUGGCUGGUGUCGGCGGCCACGCUGUCCUGGCCGCUGCGCGUGGUGGCGGCCUACGGCACGGCCCACGUCCACUACCAGGUGGAGAAGCUCUUCGGCGCCAGCUCGCCGCCGCCCGGCGCCGUGCCCAGCGGGCCCCCGCUCUCCCGAGUGGCCACGGUGGACUUCACCGAGCUCGAGUGGCACAUCUGCUCCAACCGGCAGCUGGUGCCCAGCUACUCGGAGGCCGUGGUCAUGGGCGCCGGCUCGGGCGCCUACCUCCGGGGCUGCCAGCGCUGCCGCCGCUCGGUCAGCAGCAACUCGCUGCCCCCCGCCCGGCCCAGCGGGCCCCGCCUGCCUUUCAGCCGCAGCCGCCUCUCGCUGGGAGCCGGAGGUCGGGCCACCCCGGGGGUCUUCCGAAGCCUGAGCGGGGGGCCGCUGGGGCGCCGCGGAGAGGACACAGAGCCCUUGGAAAGCCCUCCGUGCUAUGAGGACGCCCUUUACUUCCCGGUGCUCAUCGUCCACGGUGACAGCGGCUGCCAGGGGGACGGGCAGGGUGCUCUCUGAGACCCACGUGGCCCCCAGACUGGCCCUCUCCCCACCAUCCCACCCCAGGGGCUUCCACGCCUGAGUGAUUGCCGUCCAAAACAGGAGGGAAAACAGACCAGCACACCAGGGGUGGGGGUGGGGGUGGAGCCCUUAGACAGACUACCCCUGCAGUGACCCCAGGUCAUCUGGGGGGCGGAGGGACACCCCCGCAGGUGAGUCUAGGACCUCCCAGCAUGGCUCCCCUCCACCGCCACCACCACCAUGUCCCACCCCCUGCGAUUGCCGGUGAUCUAGCUCGGGGGGCCUCCCAGGAUGGGCAGGAAAGGAAGUUUCCAGAAAACGUGGGCUGGGGGAGGAGUCCUGGGGACAGCAGUUGCCCACUGCAGAGGGCUGGCUGCCUGUGGACCCUUCCCAGCACGGUGGAGGUCACGUUGGGGGCCCUCAAGCAACCCAGAAGCACAAAUUGGUGGUUUGGGGCCACGCCCAGCUGGGCUGGCAUCCACGAACCUGGAGAGUUGGCUAUGGCAGCACCACGGCCUCGGCCCCGCUCCCCUCCCAGGGUCCCCGUCCUCUUCCCCUGACAGGCCUCUGCUCAGGGCCCGCCCCUGAUCAGACCCUGCAGCACGGCCCCUCUACCGGGAGCCUGGUUCUUGGAGCACAAUCCUGUUCCACUCACCCCACCUCCCUGUUUUCUCUGGCGCACCCUUCCCUUGCACCCAGUCACCCCUAUAACCCAGGGUUCCUCCUCAGGGCCCCACCUUGAGUCCACCUUCCCUAGUCUCCGCUCCUGGCCCCUGACAUCUAUGUCCACCCCUCAGCCACGCACACACCUCUCAUCGCCCCCUGACUUCUCUGCUCUUCUCCUUCCCGAUGACCCACGGGGCUCGGGGCUGCAGGGCAUCCGAGGGGCCUCAGCCCUGGCCGCAGCCUCUUGGACGAUGCCCUUACUCUGCCAGGGAGGCCCCUGCUUCCUCCAUCACUGGGGCCUGGCCCAGGGGACACCGUCCCUCCCCCAGGGAGGCGAGAGUAGUCCCUUCCCUUCCAACUGGGGCUUCCACCCCCUCUCAGGAGCCGGUGGGGGAGGGAGAAGGCAGAGAAGAUGCAGAUAAAAUAAAAGGUAUGAAAUGGAA